AUGCACAAAACCUUUCAUUUAGUACUCUUCAUAGUUUUAACUUUGGGAGCUGAAUGGCAAACAGGUUUAGACAAUGUGAUCAAAAACCAGCCUUAAUUAACACUCACAAGCAAUUAUCCAAUCCACACCCAAGUCGAAAUCCUAUUUGAUAAGCAAUUCUCAGAAGUGCCUGAAGUAUUGCUCAUGUUUGAACAAGUAACCUUCGAAUCAAUGUUGGAUGUCGAUAUUAAUCUUUCAUUGGGACAAGUGACCAAAUCUGGUUUCGAAUUAAGGUAUCGCUUGGGAGGUCCUUCACGAGUCCAAUAACUUAAAGUCCGAUGGGUAGCAUUUGUGGAUAAUAAAGUACAACUUACCUAUCGUGAAUUCAAUUUCAUGCAAUUGAGAGAACUUCGUCAAGGGUCUGGUAUAAGAGAAGACGCAUUCACUCAUCCUGUUAACGCCAACAUACAAUCUCCAAAAGUUAGCGCUUUUCUUGUGGGGUUCAAAAUGAAUCCAGAAAACGGACCAUACGCUCUUUAAAUAAAUUGUGCUCUAGAUCCAGAAAUGCAAAACGUCAAUUUAAAUCUCAAAACCAAAGACACUACUCAUGUAAGAUAUGUCAAAGUUGCUUUGAUUCUAGUUGGAACAGGAUCAAAAGCCAUAACCAAAUAAGGUGGUGUCGACUCAAGAGGUUUCAACUACUUUGAAGAAUAAAGCACCACAGGAAUCAGAAGAAUCGAUUACAAAUAAACUGUCCCAGAUACUUUUUUAACGGCACCUUAAGAUAAUAUUCUAAGUCAAGGACUGAGAGGAUUUGAGGCAAAUAGCACAGAAAGUGAACUUAUUUCUAUGAGCUUGGAUAAGUAUCAUGUAUUCGAUGAUAAUUAUGAAAUGAACUUUGGUCCAUGUAUGGAGUACUUUUCUAUUAAGAGUGAAUGGCACUCUGAUCUACAGUCUAGAUUUCUCCAUCUUGUUGCACGAACCAACCAAAAUAGAGAAAAUGACAAUGAGUCAUCUGCGUAGAAAAUGAGUUUAAUAAAAUAAAUAACAGAUAUUUGGCAAGUUUAAAUUGCCUUCCUUUUUUCUUUCCAUUAUUUUCUUAAAUUCAUUAUAUCAGGAUAUUUUUAAACAUAGCUAAUUUUGUGGUUUAUAUAUUAAUUAAAUUUAAAUCAUUCCUUUUAUUUUCUCUUCUACUACUUUUUUGAAUUAAAUUCGAAGUCAGAAAUGUAGUAGUGGAUUCUUCAUAAGUUUCUCAAGAUUGAGCAUAAAGUCUUAUAUAAUUUAUAUUAUUAUUUAAUAUUUUAUAAUUUAUCUCAGUAGAACAACAUGCAUACCUUUCGAAAAUUUGCAAGAGGCUAUAUGUAAACAAUGCUAUAUGGAGUUGAAGAAAGACCUAAGUUUAAAAUGGACGGUACAUUUUACUUUAUUUUGCAUCUAAUCAAUCAUUUUCAAUAUUUGUCUAUCAUCGUCAAUGCAAAUUAGAAUAAACCUUAUAGCGACUUUAAAUUAGCAUAUUCACAAAGCUUUUUAGAGUUUUUCAUUUUAAAUAACACCUUGAAGUCUUCAAUGACAUCAAAUCUGGCAUUUGUUCUAAUAGCGAUCUCAUUUGCCUCCCAAUUGAUCCUCAUUUUAUUUUUGAUAUUUUCCACAUUCAUUAGAAUAUGGACAGCCAACCUUAUUAGAAGAGACGUCACAGGAAGUGAUAACAUGAAUUCCCAAAUUUAGUAAUGGGUCAUGAGUUUUAAUGAAACUCUUCAUUGGUUUUUUGUCCUCUAUCCUGUAAUUUAUCUCCAAAUUGCAGUAAUUUCCUUCAGUUCCCUUACCUGCAACUCUGUAAGCAUUUUUCCAAAAUCAGAAUGCGACAUAGGAAUAGGAACUCAGAUACUAGCCAUUGCUCCUUUAGUUAUUUCUUACAUCAAUGGAUAGAUAUUGAUCUACAUAAUGAGGAAUCAUAGAUUUCACGAACCCAAUUCCUUAAAAAGAAGAUACUCCUCCUUAUUAUUAGUAAAUAACACAGUAAUUCUGAUAGAGAUUUUUUCACAUUAUAUCUAUGAUUUUGAAAUAGCUCAUAUUUUGAAGUACUCAAUGGCUAACCUAUUUGCCAUAAAUUAAAUUGUAGAUCAAUUGACAAGCUUCCCUUACAGAGAUCCUAUCAGAAUCCCAUCCAUUAGAUUGGCCUUUGUAUAUGCUUGGAUAGUUUUAUGUGUCACUGCCUUCAAAUUUGGCCUUCUUGCCGAAGAAAAUCUCUUUUUCUUCAUUGUCUUGCCGUUGCCAGGAUUAGCUAUUGUUGGCGAGACUUUAUCCUCUUUAUUUCAGAAUCACGCAAUUUUGAAUUAUAACUCUAGCAUUCAGAUAGAAGAAAAACACAUUAUUAUUGCAGUUGAUUAAAUUCUAUAAAUACCACAUUGA